GCGACUCAAUUGUGCUUCAAGCAUGGCUGGUGCGUCAACUGUACAAAACAGCUCAUUAUCCAAACUGCAGUCUUUGCAUGGUAUAUUUGCCAUUCAUAAGAAAAAAGGUCCUACAUCGGCAGAUGUAUUGAACAUACUCAAGAAGACACUUUUAAAAGAGGCCGGUGUUACAAAUUUCAACCCUAGGAAAAGGAAACAACCGUUUAAAAUUGGCCAUGGCGGAACCCUGGACAGCAAUGCUUCUGGUGUACUUGUGGUUGGAAUCGGUGAAGGAACAAAAAUGCUCACAACAAUGCUUGCAGGUUCAAAGAAAUACACAGCUUUUGGAGAGCUUGGCAAAGCAACUGAUACUCUUGACGUCACAGGAAAUGUUGUUGAAGAGAAGAGUUACGACCACAUCACAAAAGAGGCUUUUGAGGAGAAGAUGAAGCAGUUUACAGGCGAAAUUAUGCAGGUUCCACCCCUAUAUUCAGCACUGAAGAAAGAUGGCAAGCGUAUGUCUGUACUGCUCAAGCAAGGCCAAGAGGUCGAGGCUAAACCUGCUCGUCCAGUCACAGUGUACAAUCUGUCUUUAGAAGAUUUCAGCCCACCACUUUUCACCAUAGAUGUUGAGUGUGGAGGCGGGUUCUAUGUUCGAAGCCUGAUUGAUGAUCUUGGAAAAGCUCUGUCAUCCUGUGCUCAUAUCAAGGAACUGACCCGGACCAAGCAGGGUCAGUUCACAUUAGAAGAGCACGCAUUGAAGGAAGAUCGCUGGACAUUGACUGACAUUUCACAGGCUCUCCAGCCAUGCCCAGUACCAGCAGACUCGGAGAAGAAUGCCAAAAAAGCUAAAUCAAAACAUAAUACUACCACAUCUGAAUCUAAGGGUGGAGCUGGAGAUCAAAACAGUGAUUAAAGGUGAUGAAAUGGCCCCAUU